CACCCCUUUCCUCCACACGCCAGAUUGCGUAUUAUGGGAUGUGCGGAAUUAAAGCAGCGCUGGGAGGACGCUGCUGUUUGGGUCUGUCGGCGUGAAUAAGACGAGCGCAAGGGGGUCGCGGACACACGGCGGCUCGUCAUGGAGCUGUCUGCCGUCGGAGAGAGCGUCUUCGCGGCGGAGUCCAUCAUUAAGCGACGGAUCAGACGGGGUCGUUGGGAAUAUCUGGUGAAAUGGAAGGGCUGGUCUCACAAGUACAGCACAUGGGAACCGGAGGAAAACAUCCUGGAUGAGCGUCUCUUGGCAGCCUUCGAAGAGAGGGAACGCGAGAGGGAGCUUUUUGGGCCCAAAAAGCGAGGACCCAAACCUGAGACAUUUCUUAUGAAGGCCAAAGCCAGGGAGAAAACGUACGAAUUUCGACAAGAGCCCGUCCGGCCCAUCCAGGUCUCCUACCCGGUCCCGGAGCCUGUCGUAACGCCAAGGGCCAGGGAGGGGUUGCGCACCGUGGUGCCCACCAUAUUCCCCCCCAGCACCGUCAACCGAGGGGAGAGCGUCCACCACCACUUCAUCCGGGAACAAGAAAGGCUCGCCGAAGAAGCAUCACCCCGGCUUCCCAAGAAGCGAGGACGCAAACCCAAAUUGCGUUUGCAUUACGAGCAGGAUGAAGACUUUGCAGAACCCGCGGCAAAAAUAUCCAGACGCUCGGCUCAUCGCGGUGCGGCGGAAACAUCCGAUCCCAGCCUGGUGCAGCUGACUAGAAGGUUCCAGGAGGAGACCACCAUCACGCCAAAGUCCUGCAGCAGCAGCAGCGAGCAGGGGCGAGGAGGCAGGACUCGUUAUUUAGUGAAGCACGCAGACGCACGCCGAGAGGAAGAACUCGGCGUCAUCUGUCCACCCACGCCACGCGGCACGUCGUGGAACCCGCGCUUUAACAACAUGGACACUGUGACCGUCACCGACGUCACCAUGAACCUCCUGACUGUCACCAUCAGGGAAAACUACACCGAUAAAGGCUUCUUCCGCGGGAAAAGAUGAAAAAAGACGGGUUUUGUCAAUUAGGUACACUACAAGAUCUGCUUUUUUUUGUUUUAAACUAACCAUGCUCAGUUUUGAUUGACACUGCUCGAGAGGGACCGGUUAUUAUAGCACGUGCAUCCUGACGUGUCCUUAUAUUUCGUCCUGCUUGUCUUAAAAAAAAGAGUCGAAAUAUUAGAAACACCUCCCGAUAUGAACGCCGCUGUCCUGGCGUGCGGGUGUGGCUAACAUUAGCGAGACCUGCAUCGAAUAUUCAGCGUUUUUCAAAUAACCGUGUUCGGGGUUUGAUCGCCGCUGUCAGAGAGGGAUCGGUUAUUGUAGCACGUGCAGCCUGACGUCACCCCAAUAUUUCGUCCUGCUUGUUUGUCGAAUCGAGGGAGUCUAAUAUUAGAAACACCCCCCCCCCCCCCCCCAACAUGAACCGCCGUCGUGCUGUGCGAGUGUAUCUACGGUGUUAAAAAAAAAAAGUCCGCAUUUAAACAACCUAGCUCGGUUUUGAGUGACGCCGUUAGUGAGGGCUUAGUUGUCACGGCACGUGCGUCCUGACGUGUGCCCAACACUUCGGCCCGCUUGUCUCAUGUAAAUAAGGGAGUGGAUAUUAGCAACACCUCCCAAUAUGAACAAUGCUGUUGUAGUGUGUCGUUGUACCUAACAUGGACAAGAUAAAAAUAACCACGCUCAGUUUUGAUGGGACACCGCCAGAGAGGCUUUAAAUAUGAAUGAACACGCCCCCCUGCGGUGUUCCUAAUAUUUCGUCCCUCUCUUGCAGGCAGCCUAGCAGAAUCCCCAAUAGAAGCCCAGCGGUUGAAACCACUAUUGGGUUGCGUAUUACCUAACGUUGUGGCCUAACGUGUGAGCUAACUACUUACUAAACAAGCCUACUGUCGUCAUGCUAUAUCUAUAUUUUUAUAAUACAACUUUCAAGCAUCAGUAUUUAAUAUUAAUUCGAACCUAAUUGUUCUAGGCUGUGUGAUUAAAAAGAGAAUGUUGUUUUUUUUUGCACAAUUGUUUUGCUAUUUUGGACACAAUGAAAAUACAUUUUUUUUUUGAUAUUUUAAUGUGCUUUUUUUACUUUUACAUAAUUACGAUAAUUCGUUUGUGUAUGUGCCAGAAAUGAUAGUCUAUAAACUACAAUUCAAGUGCAUUUUGCAUGCUUUCCCACCCCCCCACUCACAUUUAAGCUGCUGCACCACGCCGUUAUUAACUUUAGAUACUUUUGAUAUUUAUUUCUGCGCAAAGCUGCAGUAUUCAUGUUGAACCGUUGCAACGUUUUAACUGUUCAGAAUA